AUGGCCACUCCUAAAGUGCAAACAAGUACACCGGACGCAUUCCAGCAAGCUCUCGUUAGAAACGGCGAAUGGGCUACCAAAACCGUCGAAGAGCAUCCCCUUCUCUUCCCCAAACUCGCUUCCGGCCAACACCCCGAGAUUCUCUGGAUCGGAUGCGCCGACUCCCGCUGCCCCGAAACAACCGUCCUUGGCCUUCAGCCCGGCGAUGUCUUUGUCCACCGUAACAUCGCCAACGUCAUACAAUACAACGACCUCAGCUGCGCCAGCGUCGUCGAAUUCGCUGUCAUGUACCUCAAAGUGAAACACAUCAUCCUGUGCGGCCACACUUCCUGCGGUGGUGUCGCUGCCGCCCUCGCCAACAAGAAGUUGGGCCUAUUGGAUACAUGGCUGAUGCCUCUGCGCCGAUUGCGAGAGCAGAACUUGGAGCUUUUCAAGAACCUGGACGCAAAGGAGGCUGCUGUGAAGCUGGCUGAGAUCAAUGUGCACAAUGGCUUGCGGGUACUGAAAGAGAACAGUGCUGUGCUGGAUGCGAUCCAGGAGCGUGGAUUGAAGCUCCACGGACUUAUAUAUGAUGUUGGCAGUGGAAAGUUGCGAGAAUUGGAUACUGAGGAGCCGCUGGAUGUCAUCAGCAAAAGAUUGACGGCGUUUAGAACUGUUACUGGUUAA